AUGGCGGAAUCGAAAGAAUCACCCAGAAAACGUGAAAAGACUAUGAUCGAUCAAGAACCUUCCUGUUCGAACCUAAUAUCACUGUUUGAUGAAUUCGUCAUUGAUGAAUCCAAGAAGGUUGGAGAAAAGCGCGGUAGAGUUAAAGCUGAUGCAAAUGUCGAUAUGGAUCCCAAAGAGAAUGCUCGUCCUCCUUCUCAAUGGUUUUCAGUUUACAAUGCUAGAAAACCUAUGAAACAAAGAUAUCAUUACAAUUUGAGUGAUGGAAGAUUAUUACAACAUGUUGAGAAAGGGAUUUCAGAUAAGUUUCGUAUCACUUGUGUAUCAUGUUGUUCCAAUCUAUGGGCACUUAUCAUGGAUGAUGAAACUAAUUAUACUGAUCAAGUUUGCAAGUUAUCACCAUCAUUUUUACCCAAGGAAUGGAUUAUGGAACAAUGGAGUAAGAACUUCUACAUUACUUCUCUUGCUGCAGGGUCCAAGAAUCGAACCUCUGUUGUGGUGAUGUCAAAAGGUACGAGGUAUACUCAACAAUCGUACAAAGUAAGCAGAUCUUUCCCCUACGUAUGGAUAAACAAGAAGUGGAAAGAAGGUUUUCACGUCACCUCGAUUGGAACUGCUGGAAUACGCUGGUGUAUUGUUAUGUCUCGCAAUGCUGGAUUCAGUGAUCAGGUGGUGGAACUUGAUUUCCUCUAUCCGAGUGAAGUAAUCCAAAAACGUUUGGAUGAGGGUUAUAUGAUUACAGCAACUGCGGCUUCAUUGGCUCAAUCUGCAGUUAUAUUAAGUAUCCCCAGCAAGUUGCUCGGUUAUGAAACUCAGGAAACUCUAGUUACACCUAAGUUUCCCAGUGCUCAUGUUAAGGGAAAAUGGCCAGAAAACUUUUAUCUUUCCCAUUUGUGCAAUGGGCCUACAGUAUGCUGA